UUGUUUUCAGUUUAUCAACAGUGUAAUUCAUCUCUUUGCACAGAGAACUCACAAUUUACAAUUCUCUAAAGAUAAAACUAAUAAAUACGCAAUGGUAAGCAUGAAAUUAUUUGUGUUUGUGUUGUUGAGUUGUGUCAUCGCUACAGUCUACGCAAUGCCGAACGAACAAUUGCUUGGUGGCGAAAGUCAACUCAGUGGCGCUGAUUUGAAAGAAGCCGAAUCAGAACUGCAAGAAUCCCUAACUAAACUUAAGGGUCUUGGAGAAGGACCAGACUUCAAAAUCUCAAAGGUGAACUCGGCUAGCAGACAAGUUGUCUCUGGUACACUCUUAAAACUCGAUGUAGACCUCCAGGCUGGAAAUGAAAUUAAAAAGUGCCUUGUCGAAAUCUGGUCUCAACCUUGGUUGGAAAAUGGCAUUCAAGUUACUUUCAAUUGCCCCGGUGGAGAAAAAAUUGUGCGAAAGCAUAGUGCUUAAGUGAAUUUUGAGAGCAAUUAACGCAAAGAAAAAGAUUCAAUAAAGUUUUCAACUGAAA